AUGGAACCCAAAAUCACCAGUAACAAGAAUGAAGGUGGUCAAAAUGGUAGUCGUAAUAACAAUGUUACUGCUUACGGAGGUAAUCAGGUGGAUAUUGGUAAACAAAUGAACAGGGAGAAGAACAUUACUGAAGAAACAGUACGAGAGGAAUCUGUGGAAGCAAACCUAGCUUCUAAGCUUCCAUACAGCAAGGCCCUAUUUCAUGAACAAGAUAUUAUUGAAGUGGAGAGUUCAGCAAACUCUUCAUAUGCUUUUAAUCCUAAUGCUGCAGGUGUUCAAGGACAUUUCCAGCAACAAACCUUCAAGGCGCAAGCAGGGGAGGCAAAUAAAGCAGCAAGGCUGACACAUAUACAUGUUGCACAAGCCUCGACAGUGGUGUUGAAAACUACUCCCAGACAAACUACCAAGCAAGGGAAACUUGUUGUAAUCUUUGAUAAGUAUGAUUAUAUGCAUACACUGACUGUGGAUUAUCAGGAAGACAGACAGAACAAAAUAAAGGAGAAUAGAGAACAACAACAACAACAACAACAAAGCAAAGACAAUAACAGGCAGAAGCAAACAGAACAGAAAAAAGAGGAGGAAUGUCAAAUCAAAGAAGGAAAAACACAAGGCAAUAGGAACAAGCAGCUCCAAAUACAAUGUGGAAACCUACUUCUACAAAUCAGACAAAAAAAAAACAGCCAGCAGACAGGUAUAACUACUAAAUCUCAACAAUUCUCUUUUACUAAUCUGGAAGUGCAGGAAAAACAGAAUGCACAGGGAGAGGAAAGAGGCAUCAAGGAUCAAAGGGAGGUAGAAGUAACAAAAAAGGAAAUAAAGGAAAGCACUGCAGGUAAGCAAAAAAUGCCAAGGCAACAGGAAGGAAAAAACAGAAAUGCAGACCCCACAGGUAUCAUAGAUGUCAAACCCAACACUAUUAAUGAUUAUGAAAUUGAAUGUUUAUCUGGAGAAGUUGAUGGAGGGAUGGAUGGGGGAUGUCAGGAGAGCCUAAAUAACAUGCUGGAAGGGGUGACCAAAGGGGGGAAUUUGCCUCAUGUUUUCCAUGAUGGUGUACACAUUGACCACAAUAGAGAAUCUACAGCCUCAGCCAGUCCUAAAAGCAAGCAGCAGCAGUCGAAACAAAAGCAACCUCAACAACAAUCUCCCAAACAGCAGCAAGACAAAGAUACUGUAAGCAAGGAAAACCAACAUAGGUAUAGCGAUCACACAGGGAAACAGAAGUCAGCCUCAAAGACAAAGGAAAAGGACACAAUUGCAAGUACGGGUAUACUGGAAAAUACUCCUAAGAGUAAAAAUACACCAAGUAAACAGAAAGGAGAUGCUGCCAAAAGAAGGAUGAAUAAAGAACAUGAGAAUGAGGAUAAUAAGUAA